AUGAAGACCCACUUCUCAACUGAGAUGCAUCCAAAUGCAGUGAUGUCGAAAUUAUAUGUUGUCGGUGUGCUGCUGCUCACAUCGUACUACAGCUGCUCUGCUGCUCUCAGCAUGAAGGAACAACUGGCUCAAUGUUUGGAGGACACAGACUACCCCAUGCUGCUGCAGACUGUGAAGUACGGCCUUCAACACAUAGACACCUCUCAUCAUGUGGUUAUUGUUGGAGCUGGCAUGGCUGGACUGACGGCUGCCAAGUUACUGCAUGAGGCGGGACACAAGGUAACCAUAUUGGAGGCCAGUGGUCGAGUUGGAGGCCGAGUAGAGACCUACAGAAAUGAAAAACAAGGCUGGUAUGCUGAAAUGGGAGCCAUGAGAAUCCCAAGUAAUCACCACAUUGUCCACUGGUUUGCUAAAGAGCUGGGAGUCAAGAUGAAUCCAUUUAUCAUGGAGGACAUUAACACUUUUUAUCUGGUCCAUGGACUGCGCAAGCGAACGUACGCUGUGAAAGCAAACCCUGACAUCCUGAAGUAUCAACUGCGGGAAUCUGAGAGGCGGAAGUCAGCCGACGAGCUGCUACAGCAAGCUUUGCAGAAGGUGAAAGAUGAAGUGAAGGAACAUGGCUGCAAAGCGGCGUUGAAGAAAUAUGACCACUAUUCCUUGAAGGAGUAUCUGAAGGAAGUAGGUGGUUUGAGUCCAGGAGCGGUGAGGAUGAUUGGAGACUUACUUAACGAACAAAGCCUCAUGCACCUGGCUCUGACUGAGGCGAUCUACAUCCAGAGUGACGUAAACGACAACACAACGUAUUAUGAAGUGACGGGUGGAUCAGAUCUUCUCCCCAAAGCUUUUCUUUCUGUCCUGGAUGUCCCCAUCCUCUUAAACUCCAAGGUCAAACACAUCAGGCAGUCACAUAAAGGUGUAAUCGUGUCAUACCAGACUGGCAACCAGUUCCCUAUGACGGACCUUCAUGCUGAUGUCGUUCUGGUAACAACCACAGCCAAAGCAGCCCUCUUCAUAGACUUUGAUCCACCUCUCUCCAUCAGAAAGAUGGAGGCCCUGAGGGCAGUCCACUACGAAAGCUCCACUAAAAUUAUCCUCACGUUUCGUGAUAAGUUCUGGGAGAACGAUGGCAUCCGAGGAGGCAAGAGCAUCACAGAUGGACCUUCUCGUUACAUCUACUAUCCCAGCCACAGUUUCCAUACAAAUGAGACCAUUGGAGUCCUCCUGGCAUCCUACACCUGGUCUGACGACUCCCUCCUCUUCGUGGGUGCGAGCGAUGAAGAGCUGAAAGAGCUGGCCCUGAGAGAUCUGGCAAAAAUCCACGGUGAGCAAGUCUGGGAUAAGUGCAUCGGAGUCGUAGUGAAGAAGUGGAGCACUGAUCCUUACAGCUUGGGCGCCUUUGCUCUCUUCACACCCUACCAACACUUGGAGUACGCUAAGGAGCUCUUCAGGAACGAGGGCAGGGUGCACUUUGCUGGUGAACACACAGCCUUCCCUCACGCUUGGAUUGAAACGUCUAUGAAAUCUGCAAUCAGGGCUGCUACAAAUAUUACCAAUGUGGCACACAAAGAGUCAGCUAGAGCACAACACAGAUGA